UUUCUCCAGCACCAAAAGGUCGCCAUAACUGUGAGGGCCGGCAACGCGGAAGGGAGGACAUCUCCCGGGACAUUGGAUUUACUUUUACGUUCGAAGCGGACCAAAGUAGUGUGAUUGUGAAAUAGAAAUUGUGCAAGUCUCGAACGUGCGGUGGUCGAAAGUUUGAUCCCGGGAAGUGAAACGUUUCGAACGCUUCGGCGAGUUUUCCCGCAGCGAUGGCGGUGGCCGAUAGGAGGAGGGUAGCUCUGGCCUUUAUCGCUGGGUUGUGCUGCCUUGCGGGCUUUGCGGCCGGCGUUGAUCGGAACAACUUUAAAACCUGUGACCAGAGCAGCUUUUGUCGCCGUUUGCGUUCGUUGGAGCCACAGACGAGCGAGUUCGUCGCGUUACCCCAGAGCCUGCAGCAGUUCAAGCAGUUCAUCACCCUCACGCUCGUCCAUCAGCGCACGCAGCAUGAGUACACGCUGAAGCUGGCCUGCCUCAAGGGCGGCGCUACGUUCCACUUCCAGGUGGACGAAAAGCAACCGUUGAGCGUGCGCUACCGGGUGCAGGAUGCGCUCGUCCAGGAGCCCCAGUACGGGCAGACGCGGGUCGAGAGCAGCUCCGAGGCGGCCGUCAGCGUGGCGUGCGGUGACGGAGACGGCAAAGCGACGGUACAGCUGGCCCCGUUCAGAGUGGACUUCUACCAGCAGGACAAGCUGGUCGUGUCGGCGAACGCGAAGGGCAUGAUGCGGUUUGAGCAUCUGCGCACGAAGCAGCAACCGCAACAUAACGACGAGCAGGGUACCGACCAGGAGCAGCCUGAGGAGCAGGCGGCCGAGGGCGGUGCGGCGGGUGAAGAUGUGCCACCUGCACCGGCUCCGGCCGAGGAUCCGGGUGCGUGGGAAGAAAACUUCAAAUCGCACCACGAUUCGAAACCCAAGGGACCGGAGGGGCUGGCGCUGGAUUUUACCUUCCCCGAGGCGAAGGUGCUGUUCGGCAUUCCGGAGCACGCGGACACGUUCGCGCUGCGGCACACCGCGACCAAGGGCACCGAUCCGUACCGCCUGUACAACCUGGACGUGUUCGAGUACGAGCUGAACAACGGGAUGGCGCUUUACGGCUCCGUUCCGGUGCUGUACGGGCACGGUGAAACGACGACGGCCGGUGUCUUCUGGCUGAAUGCGGCCGAAACGUGGGUGGACAUCUUCAGCGCGAACCGCGAAUCGAACGUCGUGUCAUCGCUGGUCAAUCUCGUGUCGUGGAACAGCCAGACGGAACCGCCGGCGGCGAACUUUAUCUCCGAGAGUGGCAUCAUGGACGUGUUCGUGCUGUUGGGCCCCGCGCCGACCGACGCGUUCCGUCAGUACACCGACCUGACCGGGCACGGACCGCUGCCGCAGCUGUACGCGAUGGCGUACCACCAGUGCCGGUGGAAUUACAACGACGAGCGCGACGUCGAGAUGGUGUCGGCGAAGUUCGACGAGCACGACAUCCCGAUGGACACGAUGUGGCUCGAUAUCGAGUACACGGACGGCAAGCGCUACUUCACCUGGGACCACCACAAGUUCCCGCACCCGGUCGAGAUGAUCCGCAACCUGACCGACCUCGGGCGCCACCUGACGAUCAUCAUCGAUCCGCACAUCAAGCGCGACGGCGGCUACUUCUUCCACAACGAGUGCACCGAGCGGGGCCUGUACGUGAAGAACAAGGACGGCAACGACUACGAGGGCUGGUGCUGGCCGGGUGCCGCCAGCUACGUGGACUUUUUCAGUCCGGACGCGCGCCGCCACUACGCCGACCAGUACCUGCUGGAGAACUUCCGCGAGCAGUCGGCGACGGUCGGCAUCUGGAACGACAUGAACGAGCCGUCGGUGUUCAACGGGCCCGAGGUGACGAUGCUCAAGGACAACCUGCACCACGGCGGGCUGGAGCAUCGGGACGUGCACAAUCUGUACGGCCAUAUGCAGCUGGUGGCGACUUUCGAUGGGCUGCAGCGGCGGGGCGAGGGUAGCCUCCGUCCGUUCAUCCUGACGCGCUCGCACUUCGCUGGCAGCCAGCGGUACGCGGCGGUCUGGACCGGCGACAACAUGGCCGAUUGGGGCCAUCUGCAGGCGUCGAUCAAGAUGUGCCUCUCGCUGGCGGUCGCCGGCAUCAGCUUCUGCGGCGCGGACGUCGGCGGUUUCUUCGGCAAUCCGGACGGUGAGCUGUUCGCGCGCUGGUACCAGACCGGCGCCUUCCAGCCGUUCUUCCGCUCGCACGCCCACAUCGACACCAAGCGCCGCGAACCGUGGCUGUUCCCCGAGGACGUCAAGCUGGUGAUCCGCGAUGCGAUCCGCAAGCGCUACCGCCUGCUGCCGUUCUGGUACACGCUGUUCUACGAGCACGAGCGCUCCGGCCUACCGCUCAUGCGCCCGCUGCUCGCACACUACCCGACCGAUGUGAACGCGUUCGCCAUCGACAACCAGUUCCUACUCGGCGAUCAGCUGCUCGUGGCGCCGGUUCUCGAGACCAAGCAGACGCGCCGCGAGGUCUACUUCCCCGCGCGCCCGGACGGCACCGGCGACUGGUGGUACGAUUGCGACACCCAUCGUCGCCACACCGCCGUCGGGCUCGAGCCGAUCCCGGUCGAUAGCUACAAGGUGCCGGUGUUCCAGCGUGGCGGUACCAUCGUGCCACGCAAGGAGCGCGUCCGGCGCGCCUCCACCCUGAUGCGCAACGAUCCGUACACCCUAACGGUGGCGCUCGAUCGCAACGGGCAGGCCAAGGGUACGCUCUACAUCGACGACGAGACGAGCUACGAGUACCGCCGCGGACACUAUCUCUAUCUGCAGUUCGAGUACCGUGACGGUGUGCUGAGCAGCCGAAAAAUCGACUCCACCGCCACCUACCCGACCAAGAGCUGGCUCGAGCGGGUCGUCCUCGUUGGGUUGCCCCAAGCGCCGAAGGCGGCUACGCUCUACACCGACGCGUCCGGCUCUGCCACCGGCCAGCUGGAGUUGGAACGCACCCAGGAUGCGGUCAUCGUGCGCAAGCCGGACGUCUCCAUGACCGAAGCCUGGUCGAUUAAGUUCGCCUUCUAGGCAUGGCAAAAAACAAAACCCGCAUAACUCAUAGAGCACAUGCUUGCUUCUACGUAGAAACCUUUUCUUGAUUUUCUUUUAGGAAUCCACUAAGAAAAAAAAACAAAAACAAUUCGAGAGAAAAAAAAACAUAUUUCCCUGAAAGAGCUAGAAGAAAAUAAUGGAAACGAACAUUUCACCGAAUACUAUAAAAGAGAAAACAAAAGAAAAACACAAAAAAAAACAAACAUUUCACCGAGAGACCGUUGUGGUUUCUAGUUCGAGAGAAUAAGAGUCGGCAGAAAAUAGAAUAAGAGUUGGAAG